AUGGAGAGGAGUCAGGGGCAUGUGUGGACAACCACCGUUGAGAUCCCUGCAGGUACCACAAUAGAUUUCAAGUGCAUUGAACUUUGCCAGAACUCUGUUAUUUUCGAGGAAGGGAUAAUGAGGAGGGUGAAGGUUGAGGACACAGAGGAGCUGAGGACUGAUUUUGCGUGGGAGCAAACGGAGCUGCUUACAUACGACACAGGUGCUCGGUAUAAGAAGCUGAGCUUUCUUGUGCCCACUGAAGAGCUCAAACGUCCUUUCCGCAAGGUCAAUCUCACCGAUAUAUUGAAGUCGGACGUCCUGGCAUUCCUGAGCUUGCACAACGCUGAGUGGGUUGGGCCCCCGGGCGUGGAGCAGCCCAGUGAGAUGGACGAGUACAGUCUAGGCGCAUUGAGAGAGUACGACUUUGAGGACGGUGCAACAUAUGUUAUCUAUCAGGCAGAGCCUUCCCUAAACGCCCAAGUGUGUGUCUUCACCUCCUCCUCCUCUGUAUUCAGCUCAAAUGCCUUCGCUAUCUGGUGA